AUGGCUGUCCUGUGGCUGCUACUGUUGGGAGGACUGCCCACAUUCUUCCUGGGACACCUUGUAUGGGCUGUGGUUAAGCAUUUUCUCACAACAGAAGUUCCUUCCUCUUUAAAGCAUCCGGUCAAGUUGAGGGUCAUGCACUGUUUUGUGCUCUUCCUCAUGGCUUUGGGGAACACACUAGAGAAGCUGAGAAUUUGCACUAUGAACAAGUUUAUUCAGUUUUUUGGUGAUGUAGGGACCAUAAAGAAGGACCCUACCGUGGUGGUAACCAACAUGCAUUUUGGGUCAAUCCCUGUGAGACUGUUCCAGCCCAAGGCGAUGUCCUCCCAACUCCGGAGAGGCAUCAUCUUCUACCAUGGAGGGGGUGCUAUCUUUGGUAGCUUGGACACAUACCACAACCUGUGCAGUUUUCUGGUCCGGGAGACAGACUCAGUAUUGCUAUCAGUGGGGUACCGCAAGCUUCCUUACUACCACCACCCUGUCCUUUUCAAUGAUUGCCUGAGUGCCACGAUCCAGUUCCUGAAAGGCCUGGAAACCUAUGGUGUAGACCCCUCUCGGGUGGUGCUCUGUGGAGAGAGUAUUGGAGCUUGGGUUGUGGCCACUAUCGUCCAGGUCUUGCUCAGUAGCCCUAGUGUCCCCAAGAUCAGGGCUCAAAUCCUAAUUACUCCAAUAAUCCAGGCCAUUAAUUUCUGCUUACCAUCUCAUCAGAAGAGUAAAAAUGUCCCACUUCUUACUAGAGAAAUCAUGAUUUUCUGUUUGUGUAAAUACCUGGCCAUCGACAUCUCUUGGAAAGAUGCCAUGUUGACAGGUACUGUCAUACCUCUGGAAAAGUGGAAGAAGUACAGGAAAUGGAUCAGCUCUGACAACAUCCCCAGAAGGUUCUGGAGUCAAGACUUACAGCCUGAGUUUCUUGGAUGUUUUAAUGAGGCUGCCUAUCUAGAAACAAAACACAUUUUUGAUGUACAGAUUUCACCCGUCUUAGCAGACGACAAGAUCAUUGCUCAGCUCCCUGAGUUAUUCCUGGUGACCUGUGAGAAUGACAUCCUUCGGGACGAUGGCUUGCUCUACAAGAAGCGCUUUGAAGACCAGGGGGUCCCUGUGACCUGGAACCAUGUGGAGGAUGGCUUUCACGGAUGCCUAGUAUUGUUUGACUGGAAAUUUUUGUCUUUCCCCUGCUCCGUGAAAAUAGUAAACACUAUUGUUGGUUACAUAAAGAGCAUAUGA